AACGACACAAAGAAAAGUACUCCAUUUAAAAGACCUUUUAUUUCCCCGCUGUUCGUGCCGGAUACUACCUUUUAAGUAGUCCAUUCUUGCAGUGGUAAAAGGAAAACCCGGACUACCCAGCGUAACAAGGCUUAUUCACAGUAAUGUUAGACAGAAAGACACUACUCUGCACCCGCAGUUUAAUGAAGAUUCGAUGCAUAACAGCUGGACUGUUGGUUUUGCGCCUCAAAGGAAACAAAUGGUCAAUUUUUGAUCAAAUUCAUUUUUAUUUUGCUAUUCGGUAAAGCAGUUACUAAGCAGCGUUCUGUGAAGCGGUAGGAUCUGAAAACCAUACCCAGGAGAUUUUUAUUUCAUGGAUUCCCGUUCGAAUUUACUGCUGUAAGAUCCAAACAAUGGUCCUGCCUUUUCCGAGGUGCUGACAAUUAAAAUUGGGUCAAUCAUCAAAUAAGUUUAGCUGAUUAUUGGAUUAGUACCUGAGGGAUGUCAUUUGACAAAUUCACAGAAAUGGAGGAGAAACUACAUAUACUGGAGGAUCUCAACAUGAUUUACAUUCGACAAAUUGCCCUGAGUUUACAGGACAGUGACAUCCAGAAAAAGAUCGACUAUGAGAUCCGGAUGCGUGAUGGGGCGUGCAAGCUGCUGGCUGCCUGCUCCCAGAGGGACCAGGCGCUGGAGGCCUCCAAGAGUCUGCUGACCUGCAACGCCCGCAUCAUGGCCUACAUGUCGGAGCUGCAGCGCAAGAAGGAGGCUCAGGUCCUGCAGAGGGCAGUGCGCAGGUCAUCAGAUGGGGGCCCUAGACUUCCCUGCAAGGGAAAAGUGGCUAUCUCAGAUCUGCGGAUCCCACUCAUGUGGAAAGACACUGAAUACUUCAAAAACAAAGGAGAGCUACAUCGUUGUGCGGUAUUCUGCCUGCUGCAGCUGGAUGGCGAGAUCUACGAUACAGACAUGGUGAUGGUGGACCGCACACUGACAGACAUCUGCUUCGACAAUACCGUCGUUUUCACCGAGGCCAGCCCCGAGUUUGAGCUGCGGGUGGAGCUCUACAGCUGCUGCACGGAGGACGAAUUCUCGACCUGCAGCACUCCGCGCAAGCUGGCCAGCAAGCUCAGCAGUUCUCUGGGUCGCUCCACGGGGAAGAAGAUGCGGGCAGCGAUGGAGCCGAGCAUCUGCAAUCCGGCGAAUAAUGGAGGAGCGGCUACCAUACUGUUACCCAUGCCCGCUGUCCCGGGACCAAAGUAUAAUGUCCUGGCUCACACUUCGCUCACACUGGCCCAUGUGCAGGACAGCUUUCGCACACAUGACCUCUCCAUCUCUGGGAAUGAGGAGUGCACAUACUGGCUGCCACUCUAUGGGAGCAUGUGCUGUCGCCUGGCUGCCCAGCCGUACUGUAUGACAGAGCAGAUGAUGAGUGGCUACCUGAAGGUCAAGCCACUAGGAGGGGACCAUCAGAGCUGGACAAAGGUAUACAGUGUCCUGAAAGGGACAAACCUCUUCUGUUACCACAAAGAAGAGGACAUGCAAGCAAAUGUGGAACCAGCUUUUACUAUUGCUAUCAAUAAGGAAACAAAGAUUCGCGCCACAGAGAAGGAUGUCCACUGCAAAGGGCAGAGCAUCAACAUCAGCAACCGCUACGGGGGGGAGGAGGUAACACAUACGCUUGGCACAGAAAGUCGAGAGGACAUGCAGCGCUGGAUGGAGGCCUUCUGGCAACAAUUUUACGACAUGAGCCAAUGGAAACAGUGCUGUGAUGAUGUAAUGAAGAUUGAGACUCCAUCACCAAGGAAACCUGCCAUCAUCACAGCUAAACAACAAGGCUCUUUGUAUAAUGAGAUGGUUAUUGACGCCUCAGAUGACAUUGGGAUGGUGACGGAUAUCUUGGCAAGGCGCCGACAGGCGCUGCACCAGAGGACACAGCCGAGGGCGGCCCCUCACUGGAUGUGUGUUUUUGAAGAUCCUGCAGGUCACUAUUCACCCCAGCGCCUGACUCAGCUCUGCAGCACCUCUGUUUGCCGUGGCUCGCUGUGGGACAGCGCCGGGCCCCGUACUGCCGGCCCCUCCUCCCCACGCAGUUUGUCUGAACCCCUGGGUCGUUUUCGCUCCCAUACCUUUUCUCUGGACACCAGGCUCAGCAGCCGGAACAGCCAUGCCUGUAAUGGAGGGCUGAGAUGUGCAUUGCAGCCGGCCUUCUCCCCUUCCUCGUCCCUCACUCCUCAGACAGCCUUCUUCUGCUCUGCUUCCACCUCCAGCAACAGCUCUAGUGAAGGAAGCUACAGUCUUGAUUUCGAAGGUGACUCCAUCUUUCGGCUCACGUCAGCCCGCCACAGCCUGAGGAACCUGCGUGCUAAACUGGACCCCCGGAACUGGCUACAGAGUCACAUUUAGUACCCCCACCCUCAGUCAAAACACACUGUUCAUAUGGGUAGUCUGCCUGGAUGUAACUAGAACCGUGUCCUACAAUACAAAACAAACUGACACUUGGAGUUCCUGUGUUUUGUUCUUCAAGGGAGUUAUGAUAGGAUUAAAGGAUAGUUAAUUGAUCAAGUCAUGGUUUGGUGUUCGAAUGCAUGAAACUUUUUAAAUAUUUAAAUUCAAUAUCUGAAAAACCUGACAAGAAAAUGAUAACUGUCUAGCAUGUAAAGAUAAUGAAAGCACUGCAUUAAUCACUGAGGAAGUAGGAUAGUGUUAUUCCAUUUGAAAGUUGAGGUAAUUUUCCAUUGACAGUUUGCUUGCACAAAAUUUGCUCUUUACAUGGCUUUUUAUGCAACAUUCAGAAACUGUCACAUAUUAGUACAUUUGGAUAUUCAUGUAUCUCUUCUUUUGUAAGUAACCUUGGGUGGUGCUGUGCUUUUCGGGUUGUAUCUGGGACAUAAGUGAAUGUUUAAUCA